AUGGCGGCCAAACCCAAGCUCUACUACUUUCGCGGCAGAGGCAGAAUGGAGUCCAUCCGCUGGCUGCUGGCUGGAGCUGGGGUGGAGUUUGAAGAAGUAUUUCUUGAAAAAAGAGAACAAUAUGAAAAGUUGGAGAAUGAUGGACGCCUGCUGUUUGGCCAAGUGCCGUUGGUUGAGAUGGACGGGAUGGAGUUGACACAGACCCGAGCCAUCCUCAGCUACCUGGCUGCCAAAUACAACUUGUAUGGGAAGGAUCUGAAGGAGAGAGUCAGGAUUGAUAUGUACGUCGACGGCACCCUGGACCUGAUGAUGAUGAUUGCACUGCUUCACUUCAAAAACCCAGAGGAACAAGAGGAGAAUAUUGCUUUAAUCAUGAAGAAAGCGAAGACCCGUUACUUGCCUGUCUUUGAAAAGAUUUUGAAAGACCAUGGAGAGGAUUUUCUUGUUGGCAACAAAUUCAGCUGGGCGGACAUACAACUGAUAGAAGCUAUUUUAAUGGUGGAAGAACUCCGUGCUUCUGUCCUUUCUGACUUCCCUCUGCUAAAGGCAUUUAAAACGAGGAUCAGCAACAUUCCUACAAUUAAGAAGUUCCUGCAGCCGGGGAGUCAGAGGAAGCCGGCCCCCGAUCAGCAUUAUGUUGACACUGUCAAGCACAUCUUGCAGUUCUGAAGGCCAGCAGGCCUGAGAGUGGCGGGCCAGUCACCCCACCAGUACAAUGCCCAAGUACACAGUAGAUUCUAGACAUGGGAACCAGACUACCCCCACCCCCCCAACAGCUCAAGCCCAUUGCUGUUGAGUGCAUUCGGACCUAUAGCAACCCUAGAACUCUCUAAAGUACAACUGCCCCUUAGGGUCUCCAAGACUAGGAUGGCCACGGGGGCAGAUGGUCACAUCUUGGUCCUGGGGCCACUUGUGGGUUCGAACCAAGGAUCUUUCAAUUCGCAGCCAAUGCUUACCCACCGCACCACCAAGGCUCCGUGCGCUAACCACAAACAUCUAGUAAAUGCUCUGUCAAACGAUU